GUUUAAUCUGAUUUUGAAUCUGGCUUUUUGUAAAAAGUAGAGUUGAAUUUUCAUUUCAACUUCCUGUCACCUCAUGAUAAUAGACAAAGUAAGAAAAUUAAUCAUAUGAACGAAGGACGGAGUAGUUAUUUAUGGUAGAUUUGAGUGAUUAGAUCCAUCAAUUAUCCAUGGUGGAGUUAAGCUGUAAGACCACCAAAUAUUCAAAAUUUUACAUGACCAAGAGCAGUGCUACAUCAUAUUGUAUCGUAGGUUCGUCAAAUUGCUCUCCACUUUGGCGUCAAGGUACGCCAAGAGUCGGUGCGAGAAGCUUCCAUGGCUGCGGUCGUCGAUCGCGUUUGACCGGUCUCCUCAUUUUGGUGAGCUUCUUUUGGAAGUUCGAAGGCAGGCGGACAUCAGAAUCUGAAAUGGAAGUCUGCAUCUGAUCAGGUGGAGGCGGUCAAGGUCGCUCCAUCAGCUAGCGCUCGCAUCGGCUGCUGCUGAAGUACCGCUCGCUCGGAGUUGGCCUCUCAGCGUUGCGAGGAUAUGUGAGAGGCAAGCAGGUCCCGCUAAUACUGGCUGGCAGCCACAAGAUCUCGUUCCGAAGGUGCACCACCGGAGCCCGAUUUGGAGCCCCAGCAAUCCGCCACGGGACGCGAAGACCAGGCAGCGAAUUUUGCCCUCUCCUUCUUCCUUUCUGCACCUUUGACUCACGAAGGCGAGCAGAACCAAAGAUACUCCUCAAUUAGAAACCAUCGAUUGCGAGAUAUUCACCCUGCAUUUCGAGGAACAAAGUCCAGCGAUGGUUUCCACUGAAUCUCGCGGCUCCCGGGGAAUGGAAGAUCAGCAUUGGCCGGAUCGAAGCGCGACGGAGGAACCGACGAUUUAAUUAGAAAAUCGACCGAUUCAAAGCCGCGACCGAGAAAAUGUUGUCGAAAAAAUCGGCUCGGUCAGUCGUUUGUUCAGAUCUC